CAUAAAUCGACCAGCUGAAAUGAAUCACCGAUUUUCAUGAAACGAAUGAGCGAAUUUAUCUCUGCUCUUCUCUUCUUCCCUUUCGGCUUUACUAAAGAAAUAUGAACAACAAUACACCACGACGGUCGCCUCGAUUGUGCCGGUCAUCCACUCGAUUCGACCCCAUAUCCCGUCGCAGUGGACGAUCUCGACGUCGUGGCAACCAGGAGCAACAAGAACAAGAGCCACUAGUACCUCCCAGCAGUUCUACCGGUGCUGGUGAAACAAUACCAUCUCGGCCCUUACUACGCCGCAGUCGUCGAUUGAACUCGCAGCAACAAUUCGAUCAACAACAACAACAGCAAGAACGAGAACAUCGACAACGCCGUAGCGCUCGACAACCGUCUCCUUCAUCCUUGCUCCGUAAUGUGGUUGAAGUACCUGCGAAUAUGACAGGCCCUGCCAUGUUGGCCGAUGUUAUUACCCAAGCUGUGGUCAAUGCUUAUCGUGAACGUCGCAAUAACAGCAACAGCAGCAGCAACAGCGAUGACGAUCCCGAUCAUUAUGCAUCAACGACCUCUUCUGCUGCUGCCCCGGUACCAACAGAAACAACAACAACAGGAGCAGCAGGAGCAGGAGCGGCAGUAUUCGACCCUUCGUCAUUAUUUUUGGACAGUGCAUUACCACCCGAAGCGAAUUCUGAAGAAAACAGCUUUUUUCGCAUCGUUCGAAUGCCUUUGGUUGUGCCAAGCGAUGCUUCUGCCACUGUUACCUCGUCUUCGCCUGAGGUAGUCAUGCCCAUGUACAUUGUCGGGUAUAGGACACAGCAAGAAGUCACCUCGACCCCGCCCGACCAUUUCCAGCAAGCUGCUCCUGCACCAACACCGGUAUCUCCGGCAGCAUCGCCCGCAUCAUCGCCAGAAGCCCAACAAGCUGCAACAGCAGAUGGUGUACGACGCAGUCAACGUAUACGGGACCUUCAACAAAGGCAGCAACAGGAAGAGGAUGAAAGACGAAGGAACCAACGGUCAGAGACGGAUAAUAGACGAUACACGGUCAGCCGAUGGAUUAUCUACUUUAUCAGCGGGAUGGACAACAACAAUCCAAGCUAUGAUGAUUUGGUUGCAGCAUGGCAGGCAGAACAUCGAAAUACUGGGCUGACCGUAGAGCAGAUCAACAGUUGCGCGCCGCAGCAACUAUUUACCCCUCAAGUCGCCGCAUCCAUCGUAGGUGGAAACGAACAAUGUCAUGUCUGUCUGGAAAAGUUUGAACUCCUGGAGAACGUGCGCGUGCUAACAUGUCAACACGGAUUCCAUCAAGAGUGUAUUGAUAAAUGGCUCAUUGAAGCUCAAAACCGGUGUCCCCUUUGUCGAGAAACUGCCGUACCGCCAUCACUAUCAUCCUAGUACAAUAGCAGUAAAAAUACAUCAUCAAUCUAUCCAUCCAUCAAUAUCGCAUACAGAACCACACACAACUUCUGGCCCCACACACGUCAUUACAAGUGCAUUUAUAUUGUAUUAUACCGUAUACCAAAUCUUCCACUCUCCAGCUCCCUUACGUUACUUACCAGUAUCUAAAAAAACACAAGAAAAGCACAUCCACCCUGUCCGAUCUCUUUUUUUCUCACCAUACUACUGCAUUUCCGCCUCCCUUUCUUCUUAUUCAUGUUAAUACAACAAUUGAACCUCGUACAUAAAACAAUAAAAAAGAUAAUUUUCAUAAUUAU